AUGUCGAGGAAUAGUUAUCUAAUUGUUGGAGGUUUGGGUUUUAUUGGAUCGAACAUCGUCAGUUAUAUUUUCAACGUUGAAGCAGAUAGCGAAUUAACGGUGCUUGACAAAAUUUUCCAAAAUUCAAACGCAUCGCGUAUCUCAGAGAAUAUUUGGAAAUCCGAUCGUUUUCGCUUUGUCAACGGUGAUGUUUGCAAUGAAAAAUUGGUUGCCACUAUUCUUAACAAGUAUAAAAUAAAUAUAAUAGUUUCAUCAGCAAUAAUAAGGGAAUCUGAUGAUUUCGAUAUAAUUGAAAUGGCACGAAAUAAUUUAUUAGGAUUAACACAUCUUGUCGAAGCCGUGCGCAAUUAUACGAAAAUUAUGAAAUUUAUCUACAUUAGCUCAGAAGAAGUUUAUGGAUCAGUGACACCAAAAGUCGAAACGGUUCUAUUAAAGCCAUCCGAACCACUUGCAGCAAGCCAGAGUAGUGCAGAGGCAGUGCUGAAUUCAUAUGCGGUUAGCCACAAGAUACCAAUUAUAAUUGUUCGGCUGGCAGAAAUUGUCUACGACUGUAGUUCAACGAUUCAGCGAUUUUUUGGAGUGUUGCACGUUCAGGACGCUGUUCGCGGUGUCUAUGCUUGCAUCCAGUGCUCAAAAUCACCUGAAAUAUACAAUUUUGGUUCAGCUUAUGAUCUAACAACUGAACAGUUGCAAACAAUUGUCUGGAAAGCCAAAUCUAGAGAAUCAAUUCCAACUAUUAAUUUAGCACCAGCAAUGAUGAAUUCUUCAAAAGCCAAGUCGGAUUUUAAUUGGCAGCCGGAAAUAAACCUUAUAGAUGGCAUUUUUGAAGUAGUUGCCAAUUAUAACAUUUGUUCUAAUGUUACUGUCCCAUCGAAGAAUAUGUUUAAGUAUCUUAUAUACGGCGAAAAUAAUUGGAUAACUCAUCAAUUUAUAAAAAUGCUCGAUGAAAAGGAUUUUUUAUAUAUGAAAAGUGAGAAAGUUAUUGAAAGUAUCACCGAGGACGAAUUGAUUACAGAAAUUAUUCAAGUCGCUCCAUCACAUAUCAUAUCUUUUAUCAGCUUCAUUCAUGGUGCAGAUGAAGAAGCCAUUAUCGGUCUUGAAGGCAGUCCGCAUAAGUUAAAGCAAAACUUACAGAUUAAUUUAUAUGUAUCUUGGAUUUUGGCGAAUAUCUGCGAGAGAUUUGGAAUUCAUCUCACUAAUAUUAAUCCUGGAUGUGUCAUUCAUAAUAAAAAUGGUGCAUUGAGUCUAAAAUUAUACUCCACGAUCGAGACAAUGGAAAUCCAUGGUUUUAAUCAAUUAAAAAGCAGUUAUGAGAUUGUUCACGCAUUCAGUCAACGCUUACUUCGUUAUUAUCCAAAUUUGCUCAAUAUUUAUAUAUAUUUACCUGUUAGCAGUGAAAUUGAUGCAGAAAAUAUCAUCAUAAAGUUAAUGCACCAAUCAUAUAUCUCGAAUAUCUCAUGUCCUAUAACUGUACUUUCUGAUUGUUUACCAAUUCUACUCUCUCAUAUUAACGAGAAAGAUCGUGGUACUUUGAAUCUUAUGAAUCCAGGAACUGUGAGGUUGGAAGAGAUCAUGGAAAUGUGCAAAAAUAUUAUUGAUCCUAAUUUGCAUUACGAGAUAGUUCCUUGCAAGAAUGACGAUAAUUCGCAGAGAUGGGAAUUUCUGACAAGAGUUGACGAGUUUCAUCCUGAAAUUCAACCAGCUGUGGAAGCUCUAAAGAAGUGCAUCGAGGACAUUGCGAUAGCAAAGAAAAAUGCUCUAAAAAUAUAGAAAUAUCUUAAAAUUUGGGCAAAUCGUGGAGCAGGUGAGGUCAUUGUAUGUGUAAUUCCUGGUCCUCCAAGCAAAUGUCUUAUAAAAAUUGGUCGAGUCCGGGUGCUUUUAGGGUUGAAUGUUCGAAUUCUUGGUUCUGGAAUUUGGACUAUUAUGAUAAAGCCAAACGAUUUGUUAAAAAAAUUUGAAAAAAGAGAAAAAAUACGAAAAGCACAGCUACUCUAUGAACCCUGGAUGGACAAUGAGCCAGCGCCACCAAAAUCGAAAGAUUAUACUCUGUCACCACCUCAUUAUCCAAAAUUAAAAAAUCGAAGUCAAUACAUAUUCGACCAAGAAUACCUAAAAUCUGUAUCGAAUACACCUGUUACACCUACAAUGCCCAGAGCUUCAUCAGCUGCGGGUUCAGUGAGUUCAAUGACGAUAGCUUAUCCAGACUCUCCAGCAAAUAAAACUCCAAAACCGACUUUUGAGAGACGUAAUAAUUUCUUAAGUACAAUAUUUGUUAUUUGCUAG